AGCUUACAUGGAUAAAUCAAUUUAACUAAACUAAUCUGUGAUUUACAGUUAAAUUAAAAGUUUUAAGUUGAUAAAUCAUAAAUUCAAUAUAUUUUUCAUAUGGAAGGGAAGGUAAAUAAACAUCUUGCUUACAGGCUGGAUAGGCAAGACAAGCGGUAAAACAAUCAAAAUGGCUUAAAAUUAAAUACACGAUCGUUGAUCAGAAGUUAAAUUCCAGGGCAUUUUCAACUUAUUCGCAAUGGACAGUGAGUUACGGAAACAGCUGGGACUUAGAAAAUCUUUACAAAUCCUUGAACAAAGUGCAAGCCCAGGGUAUCGUUCUGCAUCUCCUUUGAAAAAAGAGGCUGGUACACCAAUGCCAUUUCUACCAAAGAGCAGACUCAAAGAAAGUUUAUUUGAUGAUGAACCAUCAACAUUUCUAAGAAACACUUCUUUAAAUGAUUCUGCUAAACCACUUUACAAUGACAGUCCAAGUAGCUUUGGGAAGUCUUUCAAUGUAACUUCACAUCCCAAUCAAAGUUUUAACAGUAAGAAUGCAUCCUUUGCAAUGGAAAAAGAUGCUGGCAUUGAAGGUUGUACUGAUAUGUUUUCAGAUUUCAUGCAACUUUAUUGCAACCAUCCUCAUUCAGCAGAUGUGUUUGAACUCAUUGAACAGUAUGAGGAGAUUUGUCGAAAAAAUAUUAAAACUCUAGUAUCAUAUAUACACAAGAAUGAUCCUACAAGAAAAAGAUUAAAGAAAGCAGUUAAUUUGUUGAACCAAUUGUACCAAGAGUGUUAUACAUGGCGCCUGCUUGGCUCCCUCUUCAGGGAUCGAAUAUUGUCAGAAAGCAUGGGAGUGGAAAUGGAGUUAGAAGAAGCAUCUAUAGAUUCUGCGAAAAGUGAGAAGUUAAUUGUAGAACGGUUGUUUGAACACGAAGCAUCAACAAGGCAAUGCCAAAUUAUUGUUGACUGGCUGGAAAGAAACAUGCAAGACAAGUUAGAAGACCUUCUUGCAACAGAUAAUCUACAGUUUCAUUCUGAUUCUAUAUAUUGGGAACACACGGUUCAUGACCUAUCACAAAUAAAAAUGAGAAGCAGAGACCCUUCACUUGCCAGUAAUCUUAUCACUGAAGUGGACCCGGAUGCUCCCAUGCGACAGCAGCGAAAACUGUCAACAUUAGAUCAGCAAGAUGAAGAACAGCUGCUGCUCUACAUGUUUCGUUAUAUUCGCGCGGGAAAGUUGGAAGAGGCACAAAAUCUCUGUUGUGAGCAAGGUCACUUUUGGAGAGCUGCAAGUUUGGAUGGCUGGAGAUUAUGGCAUGAUCCGAAUUAUUUUACAACUGAAUCAGAUGAAGAUAUUUUACCUGCAGAAGGGAAUCCUGACCGAGACCUAUGGAAGAUCAAUUGUUGGGCUCUGUCUAAGGAGAAGUCGUAUAACAUGUAUGAAAAAGCCAUGUAUGCUGCACUCAGUGGCAAUCUCGAGCAGCUUCUACCAGCGUGUAACUCUUGGGAGGACUGUGUGUGGGCGUACUUCAAAGUACUUGUAGAUGUGAAUGUCGAACAGGAAAUACGCAAUCAUCCUCGCACAAGCCGAAGUUUAGUGAAACUCCCAGAAAAGUACUGGGAACAAGUACAAACAAACGAAUUAACGCCACAAGGUAUAAUAAAGCAAAUUAAAGCUCACCCUAAUAUGGACAUUCGAAAACAAUGCGGAGAAUCAUACAGAAUAUUUCAAACGAACAUAAUCUUGAAUGAAAUUGACGAUUUGUUAUUGGAGUUAAAAAAAUACCUAUCUAUCAAUAAUGCACAUUUAACAAGAUGUAUGGCACAUCUUGUCUUGUUCUUGCAAGCUGUUGGAAUUCAAACUCAGGAAGAAAUAUGCGUGGAAGUUUUGCGGCGAUACGUAGAGAUUCUUAUAGAAGACAAACACAACUCUCUUGUUGCUGUUUAUACGGCUCGUUUACCGGCAGAAAUGCAAGUUGAUGUUUACGCUCGAUUCUUGGAAGGCAUCGAGGACACGGAGGCUAGAGAAAUGUACCUGGAACUAGCCGAAGAAGCAGGACUUGAACUAAAACAUAUCACAAAACAAAUUGUAGAGAAUAUUCGUUCACAUGAUUUUGAAGAUCAAAAGAAAAACACAGAGAGCGACAACAAAAAGAUUAACUCAAUCGAUUGGUUAGUUUUUGAUCCAUCUCAACGAGCUGAAGCGAUCAAGCAAGCAAACGCCAUAAUGAGAGGGUUUUUAGCUGAAAGAAAACAUGAGGAAGCGCUGGCGGUGUUUAAUAAAAUACCGACUGAUUCUAUUGACGUCAUUCAUAAACAAUGGAGAAUGAGGGCUGGUGAAAAAGUGCUUCCUGCUGAGGUGGAUGAUGGGAUUCGUGAAUAUCUUUGCAUCAAAGCGUACCUUCAUGCGCAUGAUUCUUUUAAUGCAUGGUUUGAUCAUUUUUACCACCAAGCCCCAGUCGAACCUAAAAAGGCCACACAUCAAACGUUUAAAGAUCAGAUUGUGUAUGAAGAAAGUUCCAAAGAAUAUCAGGCUGAUUUUGAAAGAUGGCAUAAAACUUUGUCUUCCCAUGUUAAAUCAACUUCAGAUUGCAUAUACAAUGUAUUAUUAUUUCCUGGUGGCUGGAUGGUCGACAAGAGACAGGAUGGUAAAACUGGCGAAAAUACGCGUGGUCAGCAGUUACAUUCUUUACGUCAACUAUGCAUCCCUUAUUUAACAUUCCUUUUGCAUUCUGUUCUUCAAAAUAAUAUGCAAUAUAGAGACUGUCUUGAACUUGCGACAGUUAUUCAAUCAAAACGACAUAAUUUGUAUCAGGUCUUUCAGAAGCAAGAGCUUCAAAGAUUUUUGCACCUAAUGCGCGAGUCAUCUAUCGGAUUGUUGGAUGAAGGAUGUGAUGCAUUUGGAUAUGACCGAUCGAACUCGAAAUAAAAGAAGAAAACGAAAAAAAAACGCAGCAGAGAAGCAUGUCAAUUCAGUUAGUGAACAUUUUUUAAAAUGAUGACAAAAUCAACAGCACCAUGCAGGCUAAGAAACAUUGCUGGAGUCCGUUUCAAAUCCGGCAAAGUGAAGUUGAUAUUUCUAAAACUGAUGUUAAAUUUUGUAUCGUUGUCUUUUUACGGUGAAAUAAUAUCAAUCAUGCAGAAAA